AUGGGCACCAAAUUCCCGGACUUGCAGCGUCUCCGCCGAAAUGAUCGCGCAAUGAUUCGCUGUAUCUGUGGCACCAAACUGGAUGAUGACAUUCCCACGGCUGCACUUCACCAGAAACUGGGGGUCGUUGAGAUCACGUCUGUCCUACGAAUACGACGUCUCAGAUGGUUUGGACACGUGCAACGUGCCUCGUCAUGCAUCAGCUCCGUCACCAGCAUGGAAAUCCUUGGCCGCAGAGGAAGACCCAGAAAGGCGUGGUCAGAGUGUGUGAGUAAUGAUGUUAGUAUCUGCAACAUGUCUGGCACCGAUCCGCGGGACAGGGAAGGAUGGAGAGCAGGAGUUAGACGUUGCCAACCUCAGUGA